AUGCGCUUCCAGACCGUCUCAAUCCUGACGGCGGCGUCUCUGGCGUCAGCCCUCACACCCCAAGGCUUCACGCCGGGCAGCCAGAACCAGCUCUUCGUCCAAUACGGCAACCAAGCCGCCCUCAACGGCCAAGUCAUUCCGCGCGACUCAACCCAAGUCCAGCCCACCCUCGCCACCACCCAGCGCCUCCAAGGCACCUACGCCGUCAUAAUGGUCGACCUCGACAUCCCCACCGACACCGCAGGCCAAACCAACACCCUCCUGCACUGGCUCCAAACGGGGCUCACCUCCUCCGCCCAAGCCACCGCCUUCAACACCACCGGCGGCACCACCCAGAGCAACGGCCAGGUCUUCCUCCUUCAGAACCGCCAGAACGCUGCGCCUUUGGCCUCCUACAUCGGUCCUAACCCGCCGGCGCGCAACCCGCUUAGCCACCGCUACACGUUCAUUCUUGUCGACCACUCUUCCAUUAGCACGCAGGGUCUCAACGCGCUUACUACGGCUGCGCAGACGAGGAUCGGCUUCAAUACCCAGGACAUACUCACCCAGGCUGGUCUGGCGAGCCGUGUCGUCGCUGGUAACUUUUACAACGUUACGAACCCGGGCCCUGCGGGCGCCGAUAAUGGCAACGGUGGUGUCGGCGGCGGUGUUCAGGGGACGCCUACGGAUGGAAAUUUGCAGGCUACGGGGACGAACACGUUCAUUCAGCCCGAUGCGUCUGGGAACGUUCAGGCAGCGGGCGUGGUUACCGUUCCGAGGGUCGGAAUUGCUUCGCUUUGUGUCGGGCUCGUGAGCGCUUUGAUCUGGGCUUUCUAA